CUAGCCCCGAAGUGAAGUGUUAUCUACUUUUACUUCUUGUGUGUUGAGGAAAGUCGAUAAGGCUUUUCCCCAACGGAAACCCCCCAAGGAUUUCAAGAAUCCAGAAAUGGCAUACACAUACGGCUUCUGCUCUUCGCCUUCCAUUUCCUUCAAUCAGAGAAGCUUCAAUCACAGUAUUGUUUCUCAAUCAAGAACACCCCAACUCCGAAUCACUCAGAUUUCUUUACAAGACUCAGUUUCUGAAGUAACCCACAACUUAGAUCCUAAAACAUCAACUCUAUCUCCAGUAACAGAUGAUAAAAAGAGAAGCUAUAUCUGGGUCAACCCCAAAAACCCGAAAGCUUCACACUUUAGGAAAAAGUCGUAUGAAUCAAGGUACUCUUCUCUCAUCAAUGUAGCAGAAUCACUAAAUUCAUGUUUGCCAACAGAAGAAGACGUCUUUAACAUACUGAAUAGCAAUUUAGGCAGUAAACUAGGAGAACAAGAUGGUGUUAUUAUUCUCAACAACAUGUCGAACCCUCAAUCAGCACGUAUGGUGCUCAAAUACUUUCAGGAAAGAUGUAAUUUAAAUAGGGAAACUAUUCUUUACAAUGUGACAUUGAAAGUUUUCCGAAAGUCUAAAGAUUUAGUAGGCGCAGAGAAACUGUUCGCUGAAAUGCUUCAAAGAGGCAUUACACCUGAUAACGUUACAUUUUCAACUAUUAUUGGGUGUGCAAGGUUGCGUUCUUUACCUACUAAAGCUGUGGAGUGGUUUGAGAGAAUGCCAGAGUUUGGAAUCCAACCAGAUAAUGUUACAUAUGCAGUUAUGAUUGAUUGUUAUGGGAGAGUUGGGAAUGUAGACAUGGCAUUAAGAUUAUAUGAUCGUUCAAGAACCGAAAAAUGGCGAGUUGACACUGUAACAUUCACAACAAUCAUAAAAAUAUACGGGUCAACAGGGAAUUUCGAUGGGUGUUUGACUGUUUUUGAGGAAAUGAAAGCUCUUGGUGUUAAACCUAACUUAGUCUGUUACAACACUUUGUUGGAUGCCAUGGGAAGAGCCAAAAGACCAUGGCUUGUUAAGUCAAUCUAUCAGCAAAUUCUAAGUGAUGGAUUAACACCUGGUUGGGCAACAUAUGCUUCUCUCAUUCGUGCAUAUGGAAAAUCUCGUUAUGGAGAUGAUGCUAUUAAUGUCUACAAAGAGAUGAAAUCAAAAGGAUUUGAAUUAAACAAUGUUCUUUACAACACCCUUUUGUCUAUGUGUGCUGACAUCGGUUUCAUCGAUGAAGCUCUUGAGAUUUUCAAUGACAUUAAAAGCUCCACAAAUUGUCAACCCGAUAGUUGGAACUUUUCAUCAUUAAUCACAAUCUUUUCAUGUUGUGGAAAAGUCAAAGAAGCCGAAGCAACACUAAAGGAAAUGAUCGAAGCAGGGUUUGACCCGAAUAUAUACGUUUUGACUUCUCUAAUUCAAUGCUAUGGGAAAGUCAACCGAACAGAUGAUGUGGUCAACACAUUUGAGAAAAUCAUAGAGCUUGAUAUCACCCCAGAUGAACGCUCUUGUGGGUGUCUUCUCAAUGUCAUGACACAAACUCCUAAACAAGAUCUUCAUAAGCUUACUAAAUGCAUUCAAAAGGCGAAUCCAAAACUUGGGAAUUUGGUCACACUUUUGGUUGAUUCGAAUAUUGAAGAUGAAUCUUUCAAGAAUGAAGCUAGUGAAAUACUUGGUGACAUUGGAGAUGAUGUAAGGAAAGCAUAUUGCAAUUGCUUGAUUGAUCUUUGUAUUAAUCUUGAUCAAUUAGAGAAAGCUUGUGACUUGUUGGAUUUGGGGAUUAGGGUUGGGAUAUAUAGUGAUAUACAGACGAAAUCGAGCACAAAUUGGUCAUUGAAUUUGAAGAGUCUUUCUUUAGGGGCAGCUUUGACUGCAUUACAUAUAUGGAUGAAUGAUUUGACCAAAGCUAUUGAAGAGGGAGAAGAGUUGCCACCUUUGCUUGGGAUUAAUACGGGUCAUGGGAAGCAUAAGUAUUCUGAAAAAGGAUUGGCUGGAGGUGUUGAGUCACAUCUGAAGGAGUUAAGUGCUCCUUUUCAUGAAAGUUCUGAAAAAGUUGGAUGGUUUUUGACUACUAAAGUUGCUGUUAAGUCAUGGUUGGAAGGUAGACGUGUCACUGCAAUGGCUGUGGUUUGACUAGUCAAUGUUCUUGAUCCUCUUUUUUUAGCUCAUGCUCUUGAGAUUUUUGUAGUGAUGAGUUUUUGUAUCUAUUGAAUGUUAUGAAAUGGUUAUUAUAAUCUCUUUGAAUCU